ACUGCACUCCAUCUUUACACCCCCCAUCUAUGGGUAAAAAUCAGUGGCUGGUUCUCCAACUGCACAGCUCUUUUCUCACACAACCCAUCACUCCUCGUCCUCAAUGCAAGGCUAAACCAUGACUCCCUGUGAGAAAUCAUCAACCAGCCUUGAUGAGUAUCGCUCAUGCUGUACGUACUUUCUUUUCUCGGUACAUUUCACAAAACAUGCAAAAUCGUAUGUCAUUUGCGCUUCUUCUGUCUUCGAUCGAACCCAACUCGCUACCGACUCCGGCACUCUGUCGGCCGCGGCCUGUCAAUUUACUUCCUCUCCGGCCCUUCCCGGCCCUUUCCCCUCCCCAUUCGGAACCGCUCUCCCAUUCCAGUCACUGCGUCCGUACAGCGUCCUUCUUUUCGAACAAUGUCUGCAGCACCACAGCAGAUAAGCACAGAUACGGAGGCACCCAUCCCCAUCACCGCUUCCUCCAAUGGCAAACUAUCAGGAAAACCUUGGAAGGCACUAAAAACAGCAACCGUUCGCUCCCAAUGCUCCAUCGGUCACAAGGCAAAGAGCUGGCAGGACAGAAUGGAGAAGACAAAGAAAGAACACGCUAUCAAGAAGCUCGAGACAGAGCUGAAAGACGAGAAAAAAGCCGACAUUAAACGGAGACGAGACAUCACCCUCGCACGAAGGAACGCCGCAGAGGAGCGUCUUAGACUCGAAGAAGAAAAGGCAAAAGAUGGGUGCAAGAAAAGCCGCCAGGCUGAGACGGAGAGCCGGAAGGACAAAGAAGAUAAACGGUUGAUACACUCCCUCUCUCGCAUCACCGCCGACCAUGCCUCUUU